GUUAACUCCAGAGUAACGGUAGAGUUGCCACAGCCUGCGUAGUUGACGUUGCCUUCCUGUUGUGUGAAGGGCAAAAGUAUGGCUGGCCCUCAUUCGAUUCCAGUGCCACGACAUUAGUGAAUGUACUGGGAUAAUACGCCUUCGUCCAUUGUAGUUUCGCUUAGACAAAGGAGCAGAUGAAGACAAUCCGGCGCCCGAUAUUGUUCUCGUCGGUUCAGCUGGAGUUGCAGUUCCAUGCAUUCAUGAGAAGGCGAAUUAAUUCACAUUUCCACGAUCAGUCCAGAAGCCGGGUAGAGCUCCCGUGCGACCGGCCAGCGUGACGCCCUCGACACCGCCGCCCGCGACACACGAGGCCAAGAUGGGCAUCGACUGGAAAAUGUUCCCGAUGAAGCUGCACUACUUCCUCAGAUUUUCAGGUGUAGGGCCGCUGAUGCCUUUUUUGCCCGUUAUAGUGCGGCAGAAGGGGAUACCUGUCCAUUACGUCGGCGCCAUCUGGACGAUACUUUCUAUGGUCAGCUUGGGAGUAAAGGCCGUUACAGGGCCUCUAUCGGACCAUCUGAAAGCGCACCGGGCUGUCAUGGCAUCCUGUAUAUCCUUCUUGACAGCUGCGCUUUCAUGCAUUUACUUCAUACCGGACCUUAGCCCCCCCCGUGCCCCACCUGGCGCUAAGGAUUCACAUGGUCUACCGGCUACAGAUGAAGUGACAGUAGAGUACCUCCUAAGCCGAACGGAAUUCUGGUUCCUGCUAGCUUGUCUGUUGAUUCAGUUCUGCUGCCAGAGCGCUUCGGUCACCCUCCAGGAGGCUCUCUGCUACCAGCUGCUUGGCAAUGGAAGCCAGGAUUUCGGUAAACAGCGCCUGUGGGGUUCCCUGGGAUGGGGCUUCGGCGCCGUGACCGGGGGACUUAUGGUGGACUGGUAUUCUCAGGGCAAAGACCAGAAGGAUUACUGGCCGGCCUAUGUGAUGACGUUCCUAUUCCUUGUGAUGGAUGUGAUGGUGGUGUGCGGCCUCAAGUUCAGCACCAGCAGCUCCAAAAUCACGUGCGCUACCGUCUUCAACGUUUUGUCGCAGCCGCCAACUGUCAUUAUUUUGAUAGCGACACUGGUUCUCGGGGCCUCCUGCUCCACAGUGGAUACCUUCCAGCUCAUGUUAGUGGAGGACCUCAUGGGCCCCAACUAUCCUUACCUCAAGAUACUUGAAGGGCUCAUGCUGGGGGUCCAGUGUCUGCUGUCGGAGGUUCCCCUUUUCUUCGUGGCGGGUCGUUUUAUUAAGAAGUUCGGUUACUUCAACGCAUACUUUACUUCGCUCAUGGUCUUCUGCCUGCGGUUUAUCUUGCUCUCUAUCUUCAACAACGCCUGGUUGUUCCUCAUGGUGCAGCUCCUCCACGGACUUUCCUUUAGCCUCGCCUACGCCAGCCUCACCUCCUAUGCCAGCAACAUCGCUCCUCCUGGGACUGAUGCCACGAUGCAGGCCGUCUUCGGCAUCGCCUACUUUGGAGGUGGGGGUGUGGGCAGCUUCGUGGUCGGCAACCUGUUCCACAACUUAGGAGGCAAAGCAGCUUUCCUUAUAACUGGCGUGUUCUGUGGUGGGUUCGGCGUAGUUUUCCACAUUGCGCGUAUAGUUCUGUUGUCACACGGAACAACCUAUAAAGCAGUGAAAACCAUGGAGGAUCGUUAAUAAUGUGAAGUUACAGGGUCAUUUUUAUAAGAAAUAUAUUUUAUAUAUAAAAGUUAAAUUGCUACCAGUUUUUUGUAAAAGUGAUGCGGUGAAUUACAGCUUGAAUGAGAUAAAGGGAAAAUCGGCAUUACGUUUUGAUGCUAAUUUAUUUAAAAGUAGUGUUUCUUUUUCAGUCUCUUUUCGUGAAAUUCACAGAACAAAGGUAAUAUUAUGGACGAUUUAAUAAAUAUUUUAUGCACUUGUA